GUGCAAGGAGAAGUGAAGGUAAAUGCUCGUGACGUCACAAAAUGGCAGCCACCACGAGCGGAACAGGAGAAACGAUCGCCGUAGAAAAAGCCAAUGAAGAAACUAUGAGUAGCCAAGUGGAAGAAAAUGAAGAUAUAGAUAAGGUGGCUGCUAUUUUGGCUGAGGAGAAAGCCCUUGGUCCACAAGGUGUGGAGGGGCAAGCUGAGCCUGUUGAAGCAUCUCCACGUGAAGGAUCCCCAUCUUCAGAAAGUGAGGAUUCCAAAGUAGAAAAGUUUCCAAAAGAAGCAGAGAAAAAGAAAUCUGAGCCAAAAAGUGGGAAGAGUAAGAAACGAGAAGAUAAAAGCAUAGAUCAUGUAUUAAAGGCACUGAGCAGCCUUGGGACUCCAGAGGAAAAGUUGGCUGCUCUGUGUAAGAAGUACACUGACAUGUAUGAUGAGAACAGGAUACUGCAAAGUACACUGAAGCAAACACAGAGGAAACUGACUGUGGGAAUGCGAGAAAAAGAUCAACUGCAGAGUGAACACAGUAAAGCUGUCCUUGCCAAAAGCAAACUGGAGAGUCUGUGCAGAGAACUUCAAAGGCACAACAAACUCAUCAAGGAGGAGAGCCUGGCAAGAGCAAAAGAAGAAGAGGAAAAAAGGAAGGAAGUAACAACAAGGUUUCAGACCACCAUUAAUGAAAUACAGACUCAAAUGCAAGAAAACCAGGCUAGGAAUAACACUUUAAAGGAAGAAAAUAGUGAACUUGCCAAUAAAUUGAAAGGUCUUAUAGAUCAGUAUGAGAAAAGGGAGGAACAUAUAGAAAAGAUUUUCAAGCAUAAAGAUUUGGAGUGUCAGUUGUCAGAUGCCAAGCUUCAGCAGCAAACAUUACAAACAGCAGAAGAAAAGGAGAGGACCCUGACUGAGAAGAAACUGUUGCUAACACAGCUGACAGAAGCUCAUAAGAAGAUUGAAUUGUUGGAACAGGCAGAAAGUCACCUUAAGGCUCAGUUGGCAUUGUAUACAGAGAAAUAUGAAGAUUUUCAGAGCACAUUGACCAAAAGUAAUGCAGUGUUUGGGUCUUUUAAAACAGAAAUGGAUAAGAUGGGCAAGAAGAUCAAAAAGCUCGAAAAGGAAACAACAAUGUGGAAAACAAGAUCAGAAAAUAGUAACAAAGCACUGCUAGACAUGGCAGAGGAGAAAACACGUUCAGACAAAGAACUGGCGAUGCUUCAACAGAAAAUCGGUCGUUUGGAGAAGUUGUGUCGUGCACUGCAGGCAGAGAGGAGAGGGGGCCCCAGUGUCACAGUCACAGAAUCUGAAGAAUCUUCAAAUUACACAUUAGAUACAACGGAGCAUGAUAUACAACCGACAAAGACACCCCCAAACACCCCUAGUACUCCACAGUCACGAGCUAGCCCCACCAACGUUGAAACUGGCACCUCCAACAACAAUAAUACGCUGAUGGUAAAUGGACAUCUUGACAACAACAUCCAAGGAAUGGAAGCUGGAGGAGAAAACAAAGAAGCAGCAACUCCUCCUGAUCAACAAACAGAUCUGGUCCAAUCAGAAUCUAUGGAACAAGCUACAAAUAGUGCAGAUUCUUCUGUCAUCCAAUCAGCUGCUGAAACACAAACAUCAGGCUCUAGCAACACUUCAGGUCAGGUUUUGUCAACUGAACAGUCUGUUGCAGCUGACAUAUAGUAGUCAGACCAGUAGGACUGAGGUAUAGCAGCGGAACCCUACUCCAGCAUUGCUAUAGUAUAGCACAUGAAUAUGGAAAAAAAUUGCAGCUAAUUUUAUAAAUUGAAUUGAAAGACUUGAUUAGUUAAUGGGUAUGUGCAGGGAUUGACUGUCAGACUCAAGCAUGCUUUCAGUUGGAUUGUUUUUGUUUAUUUAUAACCUAAGUUUGUUUACCAAGAAUAGUUAAAUGAGUAUAAGCUUGUCAAGGUUAGACUGAUAAAUGGGUAAAUAGGAGCCCAUAUUUGAUCUGUCUGAGUAUGAUGAUUCAUAGUCCUGUGUCUUACUUGCCUCGGCCUGUCUAUUCUGAUACUGGGCAAGGUGUUGAAUGCUUUCACAUUUAUCCUCCUCUGUGUUGAUGUGGAUUGUGUUCCUAUUUCCAUCUUUUAUAUGUGCCAGAGCCCCCCUCCCCCCUUUUUCACUUUUGACUUGUCAACAGAGUUCAGUUUUUAUUAUCAUAUUUAAUACAAGUGUACCGAAUUAUGCAUACAGUGAAACAUAUCAUAUGCAAACAUUGUCAUGUUCCAUAUAAGGGAUGGUGUUAAUGGUUGAUGAGUAUAAAAAAGCACCUAUGCGUGUAAUCAUUGACUACAUGAGCUGAAUCAUGUAGCACACCUUAUAGACCAUGUUAGAAAUCAGCUGGUGCCAGUGACACAUCUGGUUGUACUCCCAGACCCUUGAUUUUAUCUGCAGGAAAGUUAUAUUUGUGCACAAGUAAAAAGCUUUGGUGGUAUAUGCAUGCAUACCUUUUGAAACAAGCAGGCAGUGUAAUUCUGUACUCCUAGUAGCUUCUAGAAAAUAAAUACCAUUUUCAAAUUGAU